CUGUGGUUGAGCCUUCUUCAAAGUUACGGUCAUUUCACUCUCUGUUUAGACUGUUAUAAUCGUUUUUAGCCUAAGAUAUUGGUUAAUCAGGUUGUGCAGAUUUGAAGAGGUCAAGAGAGAGGAAACCUGAACAAAAAGUAUAAUAAAGAAAUUUGGUUUAAUUUCAAAGGUGGUUCUCUCAGGUCAUGUAGUUUAAAAGGUUAUAUCUAGAGCUUGCUUGGGAGGUUAAAACGUUUGUCCAUUACUGGGUUGUUGGUUUUAGUUUAGGGGUACUGUGAUCAUUUUAGUCGGACUCGCUGGUUUAUAGUUGCUCAUUCCUGUAUUUGGGAUUUUGUUAUAUGAAUUAUAUUAUAGGUUCAUACAGACCUAGGGUUGUGAAAGUGUGGCUGGAUUGCCACAAUUGUGAUUCUGCAGUUGGCAAAGAUGAAGAUUGUGAGGUCACAAAGAAAAGAGGAGUUCAGGAGUAAGGAAUUUUGAUUAUUCAAAGGACGCUUGUUAAUGAAUGUACCCCUGACUCCAGUUUUCAGUAUUGAAAAGAUUUCAAUUCAAAGUUAAAUACUUAAUUCCUUUGUAAACGGAGUCAACACAGUCCUGCAUCUGGGAAUCAUAGUCAAGACAAAAGGAGAUGAGGAGAAUAACUUAGAAGCUGUGGGAGCUCCUGAAAAAUUUAAGCCCCUGCCUCCUUGAAAAAGGUUUAAAUUAGCUGCAAUGGUGGACUUUAAUAUACUGGCCCUCUGGUUGCUGUCUCUCUGAAGCCACAUUCUGAAGAGUGCUCUAUUUGUGAAAGGGUGAAUAUUCAAUCCCCUUGUUUGUUUGGAAGAUAGACAUUUUCCAUUUGACUAAAUGAUAUUUGGAUUUGUGUUUCUUCUUAUUAUAUCAAAGAAGUCCCUUCUUGAUCAAUCUAGCCUGGUCCUUGAAAAAAGGGACAUGGAGUACAUGAGAAAAAUUACGAAAAUGAACUCUUAAUCCAUGUUAUUCUCCAUCUGGAAUGCUAAAUGGAUUGCAAGAGACCAAUCACUUUUGAUGCUUCUCCACCAUAGGAUUUGCUAGACCCUUUUCCACAAUGUGCUUCAGAUGUGGUGUUGGGCAGUAACACCUUUCAAUGACAAUGCCUCUACAGCAUGGUAUGAGGUGGGAUGCCUUGAAGCAAAGUGUGGCAGGUAUCUUGGCUGAGGCAAUCAUGUGCAGCAAGGACUGCGGCAUUGGGUGGCAUGGUGGGCUUGGACAGGCAAAGAUGGGGUAGCAAAUGUUGCAUACAGGGUGUUGAAGAAUGGGGUACGGCUUUCGUUGAACCUUUAUCAUACUAUGGGUUCUCCUGCUUCAGCCAGGAUUGUGUUUGUUUACCUUAUCCAAAGUCAAUCUGUUACUGGUUUUGUAAAUGGAAGUCGUAAAUCACACAGCACGACAAUUAAUGGUCUCUCACUAUACAAGUGCAAGGAGUUAUAUUUAGAGAUGAUUCCUUCAAAGAAUGGAUCGACGGUGAACAGUGAUAUGCAGUCAACUGUUCAAGUUUCUACUGAAACAACAAAUUAUCAAGUUAGCAAUGGAGCUGCCUCAUCGCCUAAGACACCAGUGUCAUAUCAGUCAAAGCUUAUUUCUCCUAAUUCUAAUCAGUUGACUUCACCUAUAUGUGACGAUUCAGUGUCAAGUUUAUCCAAUCCAAAUAACAAAAUUUUUGCUUCAUUUGACAUAACAGAAGUAUUAGGUGAUGAAACUGCAAAGAAACUUUUGCAGUCAUGUGCUGCUUCAUGGUUAUACUCUCGCAGUUUACUCACCGGGAAUCUUGUGACAAUCCCAAUACUUUCAGAACUUUGCACUUUCUGUGUGAGAGGUGCUAUUAAAUUGUCACCUGAUAGUGAUAAUCAUGAUUUGACAGAUGAAAGAAGUCAUGGUUUGUUCUCUCGAGCUCCUGAUUCAGUGAGCCAUGUGGAUGAUGCUUGUGUUGUAGACCGUGAAACAAAAGUAUAUUUAUAUUUGCCAUCAAAUUCAUCAUCAGAGACUCCACAGAAAGGACGUCCACCACAUGUGGAGCUUGAAUUUAAGAAUUUCAAAGCUAACGUUGGAAGUGCUGUUAAAUUGGGUGGUCUAUCAGAGGAAUAUGCAGUUCUAAAGGAUAUCAUAAUUUCCACAUCAGUGAAAAACACUCUGUCAAGUAUGGGUUUGCGAACUACAAAAGGAGUGCUUCUUCAUGGUCCACCUGGUACGGGAAAGACUUCUUUGGCUCAAUUAUGUAUUUGUGAUGCUGGUGUCAACCUUUUCUCUGUAAAUGGAGCUGAAAUUGUUAGUCAAUACUAUGGAGAGAGUGAGCAAGCAUUGCAUGAAAUUUUUGAUUCAGCUAGCCAAGCUGCACCUGCUGUGGUGUUCAUUGAUGAGUUGGAUGCCAUCGCCCCUGCACGCAAAGAUGGAGGGGAAGAGCUAUCUCAUAGAAUAGUUGCCACAUUAUUGAAUUUGAUGGAUGGGAUCAGUAGAACUGAUGGGAUACUUGUAAUUGCUGCUACCAACAGGCCUGAUAGUAUUGAGCCUGCACUCAGACGGCCUGGAAGACUGGACAGGGAAAUGGAAAUUGGUGUCCCAUCUCCUGGGCAACGAUAUGAUAUUUUACUCAACCUCCUUAGUGAAAUGGAAAACUCUCUUUCGGACAUGCAAAUUCAACAGCUUGCUACAGUUACCCAUGGUUUUGUGGGUGCUGAUUUAGCCGCCCUUUGCAACGAGGCAGCCUUGGUUUGUCUGAGGCGCUAUGUUAAGUUCAAGAAAUCUUGUGAUGAUUUCCAUUGCAACAGAACAUCAAUUGUACAUGAUGGUAAAAUUGCAGACCCUGAUGACUCGGAAGCUUUGGAAGACCAGUUUUCAAGGGAUCAUCCAGAUUGUGCAUCUUCCUCUCCCCCAGAUUUGUCUGUUUCGUCAGAGAACCUACCAUAUUUUGGAGUCCAGAAAACAACCUCCAAUAGGACAAAUAAUAUUUGGAACGGAGUUGAUGCUAGUGUUAGGAGGUCCUUUAUAAUGGAAGAAGAAUGCAUGUUGGUAGUCACUUUUGAGGACUUUGAAAAGGCUAGGAUGAAAAUAAGGCCUAGUGCUAUGCGAGAGGUAAUACUUGAGGUUCCAAGGGUUAAGUGGGAAGAUGUUGGUGGCCAAAAUGAGGUUAAGGCACAGCUAAUGGAAGCUGUAGAAUGGCCUCAAAAACAUCAGGAUGCUUUCAAGCGUAUUGGGACCCGCCCCCCAACAGGUGUAUUGUUGUUUGGACCUCCAGGUUGCAGCAAAACCCUCAUGGCUCGUGCAGUAGCUUCUGAGGCAGGUCUGAAUUUCCUGGCUGUUAAGGGCCCCGAACUUUUCAGCAAAUGGGUUGGUGAAUCUGAAAAGGCUGUAAGGUCUCUGUUUGCAAAGGCUAGGGCCAAUGCUCCAUCUAUUAUAUUUUUUGAUGAAAUAGAUGGUCUUGCUGUUAUUCGUGGGAAGGAAAGUGAUGGGGUUUCGGUCGCUGACAGGGUUAUGAGUCAACUUCUUGUUGAAUUAGAUGGUUUGCACCAACGAGUUGAUGUUACUGUUAUUGCUGCUACAAAUCGGCCUGACAAGAUUGAUCCUGCUCUUCUAAGACCAGGACGCUUUGAUCGGCUGUUAUACGUGGGACCCCCAAAUGAGAGCGAUCGGGCAGAUAUAUUCCACAUUCAUUUGUGUAAAAUUCCAUUCAGUUCUGAUGUCAGCAUAGGGGAGCUGGCUUUCCUCACUGAAGGCUAUACUGGGGCUGAUAUAUCAUUAAUCUGCCGGGAAGCAGCUAUUGCAGCUAUUGAAGAUAACCUUGAUGCUUCAGAAAUAACUAUGGAACACCUAAAGACUGCUAUUAGACAAGUACAGCCAUCAGAACUCCAAUCUUACCAAGAGUUAUCGACAAAAUUUCAACGGCUUGUGCACUCUAGUGAUAAAAGAGAUGAAUCAGGGCUUCCAUUGCGCUCAAGUAAAUCAACCUGGAUGCCUCUCUGGAUCCUGAUAACAUCCAUCAAGCAGUUCCUUUAUUGGUUUCCUGCAGCAAUUUCAUGUUCCAAAUCUUCCUCAAGCAGACGGACUUAGUUUUACUGGAAGUUAUGCUCUUGUUUCCUUCAUAAUUUACCCUCCAGUGUACCAUUAACUUGAGGUUCCAGACAAUGGAAGGUAGCAUAAUAUUUGCAUUGAUUAUUGUCUCUGGGUGGAUAGCUUUUCAAGUUUCCCUGGUUCCUAAAGGCCAAUGUUACUACUACUGUACGUGCUUUUUACAGGGAAUGGGAAAAAGAAGCAUCAACAUAAAUACAUACACCAUUUUUCCCAAGGCUGGACGUUUGUGUACAUAAUAUAAUGAGUUAAAUGAGAGUUUAGAAUUUUUCUUUAUGUUAUACUAUAAGGCUUGGAGUUUGUAACAUGAAUGCUAUCAAGUUAAUAGAGGUUUUUCUUCCUUC